AUGUUCAAGCAGAAGCUCAAAAGGGUGAAGGCAGCACUUUCAAGAUGGAGUAGGGAAUCAGGUGAUAUAUUCAAGCGGCUGUCUAUUUUAGAGGACAUUGUUAGGGUGAAAGAGAUAUUGUUUGAAGAAGAACCUACAAUUGAGAAUAGGAUUGUGCUUCAAAAGGCUCAAUCUGAAUUGAAGAAAUACUUGAGUAUUGAGGAGCAGUAUUGGAAGGAAAAAGCUGGGAUGACUUGGUUUGAUGAAGGAGAUAUGAAUACAAGUUUCUUUCACAAUCAUGUCAAUGGCAAAAGAAAGAAGUUGCAACUGAAGAGGAUCAACAAUGGCAGUGGGGUAUGGAUUGAAGAUCAGGAGCAAUUGGCUACAGCUGCAAUGGACUUCUAUAAAAACCAGUUCACAACUGAAGGUGAUGCUUCUGACUUUUCCUUGCUCAAUAAUAUACCUUCCAUGGUGACUAUGGAUGAGAACUUGGAACUUAGCAGAAUGCCAACACUUGAAGUCAGGGAUGCAGUUUUUGAGCUUAGUGGGGAGAGUGCUAGUGGACCUGAUGGAUUCACUGGCCUAUUUUAUCAUUCAUGCUGGGAUGUUAUUGGUGCUAACACACACAACAUGGUUCUACAUUUCUAUGGAGGAGUUGCAUUGCCUAAAUCCAUUACUCAUACCAAUCUAGUGUUGCUGCCAAAGAAACCUAGAGUGGAGACCUUUUCUGACUUAAGACCUAUUAGCUUGAGCCACUUCAUUAACAAGGUCUUUUCUAGGGUGUUACAUGAUAUAUUGGAGGGAUUUCUUCCUUCUCUAAUAUCUCCAAACCAAUUCAGAUUUGUGAAGGGUAGGAGCAUAUUUGAGAACAUCUUAUUGACCCAAGAAAUUGUGACUGAUACAAGGCUAAGGGGAAAGCCAGCUAAUGUGGUGAUCAAGCUUGAUAUGGCUAAGGCUUAUGACAGUGUUUCAUGGAAGUAUUUAUUGCAUGUGCUGAGGAAGAUGGGAUUCUCUGAACACUUCAUCAUCAUGGUGUGGAACUUGGUGUCAAUUAAUUGGUAUUCACUGUUGGUGAAUGGGCAGGCUUUAGGGUUCUUCAAGUCAACUAGGGGUGUGAAGCAAGGGGAUCCUCUAUCUCCAGCUUUGUUCAUAUUGUCAGCUGAGGUACUUUCCGGGUCUUUGAAUAAGCUCUUUGAACACAAGUCAUUUAUGGGAUUUGGAAUGCCUAAGUGGUCUGAUCCUUUAAACCACUUGGCAUAUGCUGAUAAGACUAUAAUCUUUGCAUCUGCUCAUCCUCCCUCUUUGAGCAAGAUUAUGGCAGUACUGGGAAGCUAUGAGAGGAUAUCAGGCCAGAUGAUCAACAAAGAUAAGAGUUCUUACUACAUGCAUUCAAAGGUUGCUAAUGGAUUGUUUCAAGCAGUUGGAGCUAUUACUGGAUUUGCAAGAGUCCUUGAUCCACCAAACAACAUCUUGGAGAAUCUACAUAAGAUCUUUGCUAGGUUCUUUUGGAGCACAAAAGAAGAAGGGUGGAGCAGACAUUGGGCUUCUUGGCAAAAUCUUUGCCUUCCUAAAGAAGAAGGGGGCCUAGGUUUUAGGUCCUUACAUGAUGUUUCAAGGGCACUAUUUGCUAAGCUUUGGUGGAGGUUUAGGACCACAAAAUCUUUGUGGUCUAAUUUCAUGUGGAAUAAGUAUUGCAAAAAGGAGUUACCAACAGUGGUGCAGUUUAGGGAAGGGUCUCAUGUUUGGAGACAAAUGCUGAAUGCUAGAGAAGAAGUUGAACAUGAGAUCUUAUGGGAAUUGAAGAGUGGAACAACUAAUAUUUGGCACAAAAAUUGGACUGGAUUGGGUGCACUUUAUCAUGUACUUCCUGAAGACUUUCCUAUCAAUGAAGAUCUCCAGGAAGUGGCAGAAUUGAGGCAUGGAGAAGCAUGGGAUGAUCAGCUACUAGACCAGACCAUCAAUGAAGAUAUUGCUGAACAUAUUAGAUCCAAUGUGCAUUAUGAAGGCAGUGAGGAGUACUGGGAUAAACCAUAUUGGAUGCCAACCUCAUCAGCUGAAGCAAAUCAUAAGGCAUUGGUGGAAUGCACAAUGUUGUCCCAAGCUGAAGCCACUGUUCAGGCAAUUCCAGCUAUCAUCACUUGGGAGCUAUGGAAGAGGAGAAAUGCAGGCAAACAUGGAGGAUCAGUGUCCACAAAUAGGCUUCCUUUUCAUGGUUGGUAUAAAUGCAACACUGAUGGAGCCUCAAAGGGCAAUCCUGGUCCUAGUUCCCUAGGCUUUUAUGUGAGGAAUGAUGAAGGUGAUGUGGUGUAUGCUAGGGCAGUAGACUUGGGGGUGACAACCAAUGUGGUAGCUAAAGCUAAGGCGAUUCUUCAAGGUUUGGAAUACUGUAUGGAGCAUGAUCUUCACCCUCUCAUAUUGGAAACUGACUCAUUGGUGAUGAAGAAGGUGAUAGAAGGGGAAUGGGAUCCUCCAUGGGUAAUUGCACCUGAUGUGAAGAGAAUUAAGGAGCUGAAGGGCAACUUCAAUGUGAUCUUUCAACAUGUGUUCAGAGAAGGCAACUCAGUGGCGGAUUUCAUAGCUAACAUUGUGUUUUCUUUUGCAAGUACAUCUGAGUUUCACUCAUUCUCUAAACUGCCUAGUGCAGGGAGGAGGUUGAUCAAUUUAGACAAGUCUCAAACUCCUAACCUUAGGGUACCAGUGGUAUUAGCAUGGUCACAUGCUCAUUCUGGGGGUGCUUUGAUAGUGUAUAGGAACAAUGUGAUAAGCAGGUAUUGGAUGGUGCAAUUUAUCCUACUUCUGAUAUGUUCAAAUGUUAAGGAAAUGGCUGAAUUUGUUAUGUUGCAUUUCUGGAGAUUAUUGAAUCAUUUCUCAGUGGUAUUAGCAUGUUUUCAUGCUCAAUCUGAGGAUGGUUUAGCAAUGUUUAGAAUGAUGUCUACAUUAAAAGUUUGGGUAGAGAAGGAUCUGAGCUUAAAAGAUCACAAAAUUACCCUGCUCCACAAGCCUGGCGGUGCCAGGCUAAAGCCUAACUAUACCUGGCUUGACCCUGGGGUCGCCAGCCUCAAGCCUGGCUUUAGCCUUGCAAAGCCUGCUUAA